CAAGUCAUGUAAUAAAAAAUGCGCCGAAUCCAAAGCUGUACAGAGAUGUUGCUUGCGAGUAUCAACUAUAUCAAGCUAUUGUUGAGGCUGGUGAGAAAGGAAUUGCUAGACAAGAGCUUGCAGAUAGAUUUUCUUAUCUCAGCAUGGACUAUUUGAAUUAUUUUCUAACAAACAUCACAACUGCUCCAAAGGACCCAAAACUAGCCGAUUACAGAGUCUAUAAAACUGAAGUUGUUGAAGGUAGACAACGUCUGUAUAGAUACUUUGCGCUCCAUGGCUGGCUAAGACACAACGAAAUGCUCAAAACACAGUUUGCGGAACCUGGUACGCUUAAAGACUCGACAGUAAAUGGUUCACAGCAUGAUAUGUCAUUAGUGAACACGAUACCACAAAAGCGUAAACCAACGGUAGAUGUACCUAUUGUACAUACAAUGAUUGAAGACAAGGCGCAUACGAUAACUCCAGAGCCUACAAAGAAAAGGAAACGAGCAUCUCAUAGCAGCACCAAGCUUAGACGUGUUGGCAUUCUGUUGGACAUGCUGGAAAAAGAGCAUGUUCGUGAAUUAAAUACACGGAUGGUCAGUGAGUUUAACGAGCUAGAGACUGCGGCUGAAGGUGGACAACCUAUAGCCAAGGUCACAUUAGGCAAGCUAGCAAAGCAACUGCACGAAGAGAAUAAACUCAAAAUGCAUGUCACAAGCAUUCGCAGGUCAUCAGGCAUUGUCGAAAUCAAGACUCUCUUGCUACAUGCCAGUUUGUCACCAGAAAGCGAACAAGUAAAACGAUUUAUUGAAAACUACGAGAUAGAACAAUCUGCUAGGACUCUCUCAGUCAAACAGAACAGACAAAUACUGAAAAAAGUGCCAGUACCUGAAUUACCGCCUGUCAGUAGCAGCCUUUCACUUAUGGAAGAAGGCUCUACGUCUGUAAAAGAUAACAUGGCAGCACCCUCCAGUACUUUGUAUGAUGGUAAUAUCUCACGUAAUGCGCCUGUAGAUUAUGGAUGGGUACAAUCAAAGAUACUACGAGCCAAAGAAAUGCAUAGAGACAUUUUAAAGCAAUACUUUGCUACCCAUUCACCUCUAGAACACGAAGAGCGCCUUUUGGAAAUGAGUCAACUAAUUCCUAGCCUGACCAUAGGCACACUAGUUAAGUUAUGUGCAAGGCUUCCUUUUGAAAACCAGGAUUUUCUUUCUUAUAUUAGCAUACAUGAAAACAGAUCAACGCAGCUUCGAAGCUUGCCAUAUACCAUUCGAACACUUAUUUUAAAGACACCACACAAGAUAAAGAAAUCUAUCCUUCGUAUACUGGACGUGCUCGUUGCAUUGGAGCUUAUUGAAGUGUGUAAAUCUCCACUUGGGCGCACGAUGUAUAAACUAAGCAAGUAUGGGAAAAUCAAGGACUAUUGCUCGCCAGGUCAUCCAAUCUUGGCAACGCUUCCCAUGAACAACAUGAACGACGUAGACACGUACUGGAAAGAACUGCGAUUUUACUGCGUGGAGUCGCGGCAUGGCGAAAAGAUUCAUCGGAAGGAAUGCAUAGAACGAAACAGUCCUAUCGCCAAUAUCAUCUCAAGACGUUCGUGGGCAACAAACAUAUUACUGUCCAAGAAACAAAAGGAAGUAUUGGAUACACACAUAGACUUUCAAGACUUGACUGUUCCUGUAGAGGAUGUAAACUUGCGUGCUUAUCUUUCAAAGAAGUUGGAUAUUCCGGCCACAAGGAUAAGGACGUAUUUUAUGGCGAUUGCCAAGUUGUUUGAAAGAAAGAAGAUGAAACACAACAAACAAAGAAGAAAGAGCACAAUCAUCAGACCAUCUCCAGCUAUACAUGAGCUUAUGAAAGCAUCGGCUGAAAAGCGUAAAGUGGAUACAGCAGAUCCGCAGAUGAGACAAUCGCUGCCUUUUGUCCAGCGCACCUUCAUUGGUAGUAGAAAGUUCAGAAAGCUUAGGGUCCGUGUGCAACCAAAGGAAGAUAUGAAUGAAGGCGGAUAUUCUAUGAAUUAUGAUCCUCUUCCUGAAGUUGAAAAGGAUGUACUGCUAUAUUCAUACUGUAUUAUGAGAUCUAGAGCCAAACGAUCCCUGUUCUACUGGAGCCCAAUAACAAAGGUAUUACCUCACCGAGAACCUGAAAAGUGUCGACGUACCAUAUGUACAAUGGCUCUCAUGGAUCAUACACUCGUACACACCAUCCAGCGAUUGACCACUCAAUGGGAGCACAUAUACAAGCAGGGAAUAGAAAAAGGCGAUAUUUGUGAUGACAGCCCAUGGGAUAGUAUACACUUUGACUUGCGUGGCUAUCUCGAAUAUUUUUUACUAAAACUACAAGAAGGCUAUGAAAGUACGAAUGAUACCGCUUUUGAUACUGGAGUGGAAAUAUAUACACUGCCAAAGAGCUGCGACGCCUUGUAUCGACAAUUUUAUAUAUUAAAAGAAGAGUUUAAAGAUAAAAACAAUGUUGACCGAGCUCCAUCUCAGAGCUUACAAAUCCCUGAAGCACGCGUUGGCCUUGAAUAUCGCCCAUAUUUAGAUAAACAUCAACAAUAUGAACAUGAAGUGUUGGUUGAACUUGUAAAGAUUCUCAUAAAGGUAAUACUGUGUCUUCUUUAUAGACAAACAGUGGAUAUCUAAUUUACUGUAGACACUAUUGGUUAUACCUCUAGAAUCCUAUACUCCAAAGGAUGCUUAUUUUUUGAUGAAACAGUAUCCUGAAAGCGUUAUAGAGGAAGCAUUCAACCAAUUAAAAAGAAAUGGGCUUAUUGUAUAUGAUAGAUCAGCAUAUGGCCGUAUACCAGGUCGUUUAAUUAAUGUUUCAGAAAAGUUUAUGACUUUGGCAUCAAGUGUACUUCCUCAUGACCUCUUUCAAGAGGCCAAGUCGUACUACUUAAGUUUGGCAAAUUAUAAUAGUGUCAUACUAACAAAAGA